AUGAGAUACGCUCCAGAAUUCAAGAAGUCCCCCUCGCACCUCCUGAAGACAUUCGCCGUGUGCGACAUCCCUCUGUACAACAUAUGUGACUACAACGUCACCAGAGAUCGGUGCCAGGAACUCGGGUGCUGCUUUUAUAAAGGCAUCUGCUAUGAGAAGGCCAUUCCCACUUAUGUGCAAGUGUUUUCCGCCUUGAUCGUGAUCAUCGCCGGGGCCUUUAUCAUCACCAUUAUUUACAGAGUUGUCCAAGAGAGUAGGAGAGAAAAGGAAGUCCCUACAGAGGUACCUUUGUCCUCCAAGUCCAGCGCUGAAGUGGAAAUGGUGCCCUCGGGCGAGCGGCCGGCGGGGUCGAAGGCCCCGAGCACAGAGCCGUCGCACAGGAGCCCGGAGAGCGGUAGGGAGGACGCACUGGCCAUACCAGAAGACGAAGAAACUGAGGACUGAGGUGUGUGCUGGGGACCAAGUGAAGAUGGGAGGGAAUCUCUGAAAGAAAUGGGGCA